AUGGCUGAACUUCAGUCUGCGAAGCAGGGACAGGCUGACGACGGCAAAUGCAAUCCAUCAGAUAACACUGCCGAUGGGCCUGGCAUAAAUCGACGACAGAGUACUCGACUGAGUCGACAUCACCAGAAAAGUGAUGACCUUACCUUCCUACCGAUCAGACCACGACAGCGACUAAUGUCGCAGCUGCAAUUGAUAUUGGAGCACGCAUGCUUCUCAUUUGGACAGCGAGAAAUGCAGAAAGAGCUAGACGACUGGGAUUGGAGCUGCGCUGAGGCAGUUCAGCUGGAUACGUGGAUAGACUUAUUCAAGCAGAAUAAGACGCUUGAGAACGAAGAAAAUGCCGGAAGUCUCUCGAACUUAUUCAGUUCAGUGGCCAGAAUUCAAGAUAUUGCCACUCAUCGACUCAGCGUUGCCGUCGUCGAAGUCAACGAGUUGCUGUCGAGUGCGGAAGAGUUUUUACAGCUUCUCAACAUACCAAUAUAUCGGGACGCUGUCAAGCCGCUCCGGCAGCAUAUUGAAGAGGUACUUCUCACAGCGAAUCGAAAUGUUGCCUCGGUCUACAAAGAAGUUGACAGGAAGUCGGGAGAGAUUGAGGCCCAGAGAGAAAGGUUAAAGCGGCAGGAAGAAGAAGUUGAAUGGUAUCGAAAGGAGAACCUAAACAACAUUCGAGAUUCCAUCGAGCAUGAUAUAUUCGCAGCAAUGGCAAAAGCCAAGGAGAGUUUGCCAGAUAUUGGGCUUGCGGAUAUCCGUUAA